GGGUAACAAGAUUACUAGGCUCGAAGCCUCGCAAGCUAAUAAUCCCAUAUAUAUAUGGAGCAGCAAGUUGGCGGCCACAGUCUGUCCGUCCGUGCCAGCACCUCACGUCUCCCAGCCAGCACCAUGGUGUACAACUUUAAAGUGUUCAAGAAGUGUGCGCCCAAUGGCAAGAUCACGCUGUACAUGGCGAAGCGGGACUUUGUGGACCACAUCUCGACCGUGGAGCCCAUAGAUGGAGUUGUGCUCCUGGACGAGGACUACGUGCGAGGGCGCAAGGUGUUUGGCCAGCUGGUCUGCACCUUCCGUUACGGCCGCGAGGAGGAUGAGGUCAUGGGUCUGAAUUUUUACAAAGAACUAUUUUUGGCCUCCGAACAAAUCUAUCCUCCUCCAGAAAAACGGAAUUAUGAACUAUCAAGAACUCAGGAGCGUCUCAUAAAGAAAUUAGGUGAAGGAGCGGUACCGUUCCGGCUCACCGUGCCGGCGGGCGCCCCUGGCUCCGUGACUCUGCAGCCCGGCCUGGAGGAUGAAGGGGAGCCGUGCGGCGUACAGUACUAUGUUAAAGUUUUUGUCGGCGACUCUGAAAUCGACAGAUCACACCGCAGGAGCACCGUGGCGCUGGGCAUCCGCAAGGUGCAGUACGCGCCGGCCAAGCCGGGGCCGCAGCCGUGCACCGUGGUGCGCAAGGACUUCGUGCUCUCGCCCGGCCAACUCGAGCUGGAGCUGACGCUCGACAAGCAGCUGUACAUCCACGGCGAGACGGUGGCGAUCAACAUGUGCGUGCGCAACCACAGCAACAAGGUGGUGAAGAAGAUCAAGGCGUGCAUCCAACAGGGCGUCGAUGUGGUGCUCUUCCAGAACGGACAGUACCGCAACAUCGUGGCCAGCAUCGAGACGCAGGACGGCUGCCCGCUGCAGCCCGGCUCCAGCCUGCAGAAGGUGCUGCACCUGACGCCCACGCUGGCCCACAACCGGGACAAGCGCGGCAUCGCGCUCGAUGGCCAGCUGAAGCGCGCGGACACCACACUGGCCUCCACCACACUGCUCUUGGAUCCCGACCAGCGCGAUGCAUUCGGCAUCGUGGUGAGCUACAGCGCGAAGGUGAAGCUGUAUCUAGGCGCCAUCAGCGGCGAGCUCGUCGCGGAGCUGCCCUUCAUUCUCAUGCAUCCGAAGGAAGGUCGUGUCAAGAUGAUCCACGCGGACAGUCAGGCGGACGUAGAGAUGUUCCGGCAGGACACCGUGCACCAUCAGGAGAGCGUCGAGGUGUACUAGCUGCCAGUGGCGCCACCUGCGGACCUGCGACGCUGCAUACAGCUAGUAGCUACCAAUCUUAUUCAGAAGGAGUUAUGUUAUAUUGAAGUACGCAAAUAGCUGUCACUUAUGUAUUUAUACGGCGGCUACAUAUUUACAUAAUAUAUUAAUAUUGUACUCGCUGAACUCUGUAUCAAUA